UUUCAACUGAGUGUUACCUUGAGGUAUGUGCGUGCUUCAAAGUAAAAUGUGCUUUGCGCGUUACAAGUGACAUCCUGGAGAAUAUGAACGUGUUAAUGGAUAAUACCAACUACCGUAACGAAGCUAGCAAUUGUGGUAUUGUAAGUGCCACUUCGACCUCCGAAGAUGAUCAGCUGAGUUUAUGUUGUCUAUGUGGUCAAACGUUUCCAAGCAUCAAGUCCCUUCAUAUUCACAUUAAUGUUGUACACGAAGAAGUGGCAGACUCUUUUGAUUUUCACUUAACUGAUGGUGAAAACGACGACUCUCAUUCAGUUACCUUAGGAUCGCGGAUCUCACUGUCAUCUAGUAGUGAGGAAUUUAUAUCUAAGCCUGAAACUCCAGUUGUUUGUCCUAAUUGUAAAAAGUCGUUUCCUGGUCUCACAAGUUUACGAGUUCAUAUAGAUUCUGUACAUCAUGGUAAUCGGAUACCUCAAUGUGAUUUUUGCAUGAAAAAGUUCUCCACUUUAUCCUACCUUCGAAUGCAUAUUUCUACUGUUCAUGAAGGUAUUCGUGCAUAUGCUUGUAAUAUCUGUGAGAAAAGUUACACUCAAAAGCAUUCUUUGAAAAAACACCUUAGAAAUUCUCAUUCAAUCUCAUUCAGUCAAGGCAUACUAGAUGAUUCAGGAUCAACUAAUGGGGUACAGAAUAAAUCUAGUCAAUCUGCAUGUUCCAAUGAGAUGCGUACUUUCAAAUCACGUAAAGGGUUACUCGUUGAUUCUCCAAUUACGCCUAAUUCUUCUAGUCCUAGUCCAUCUAGAUCGAAUGAAACAUUCACUUAACAGAUAUUCCUUCGGAUAAAACUUUCGUGCAGCGUUUUUGUAUUUAGACGCACAAGUAACCAUGGACAUCCCAAUCUUCAAGCUGAGUUUUUUUAUGUCUACCUCAUCGAUUAAACUGACGUCUACCUCAGUUUAUAUAGUUUCCAUUAUUGCAUUUAUGUAGUUCAAUUGAUAACCUUUUGUAUGAAAAACCGGUUUGCCGUAGAUUUUUUUUUUGAGUUUUUCAAAUUUGGUUUUCAAACAAUUGAUUACUAACACAUUCUUUAUAUUAUGUACUAAAUCUAAUACUUUUGCUAUCUGGACACUGUUCUUUGAGCUAUUUUUGGAUCAAACCUUAUGUUCAUCUGUAUUCGCGAUCUCAUCUAAUGUUGAAUUUUUCAAGUAUUUCUGGACUUUGUCUUAUUUCUCGAUGCUUUGUGAUGGUUGAUUUGACGAGUUGAGAUAUAUAUUAUCAUUAUUAUGUGACUGAAAAUCUCAGAGCUGUUUAAUCUUAUUUUUGCUCUAAUUUUUUGUGGUACAUUUUUCACAGGAAGAGUUUCAAUAUAUGUGCUCUUACCGUCUUUUUUAUCUGUAUGAUGUGAAGAUUCGGUCUACAUGGUAGUGUUUAUGUUAGUAAAUGUCAGUCUGACAAAAUGCGUAUGAAACACAUACGAAACAGUUGUAUAAAGUGCAAGAAUUUGAAUAGUUCAAAAUCACAAUAAUCCUUAUAAAAAGAGUACUAUAUCAUCGAUUAGUUACUAAAUAGACUUUUUGCUAGGGUAACACUAAAUCGGACUGAAGAGAGGAAGGCGGGUUAGGAUAAAAACAUGCUUGACCAGAAAUAGACAAAUGAACACGGUUCUUAUUUUUCUGUCGAAAGCCUGUCUCACAGUUCAGAAUAAUGCGUAAUAAAGACAUCUGUUUUCCGCUUGUGUAGGUCCUUCAAACCAAGACAAAAAUCUUUUGUUCAUAUGACAAAGCUUCUAACAUCGUAAAGGGGCUCAUGGGAAAUUACGCAAACAAAUAAAUGGGAACAAUUUUUACAUGCUCAAACUAUAUAAGGUCUAUUCCUUGCACUGUACACCUAAAAUCUUGGUUAUUGAGACUGCUUCCAUAUCUCCUUUAAUCUCGAAAAGUGAUCUUCAUACCUCUCCACAUUCGCGAAGCUUGUCGAUCUUUCUCAGCAUGAAACUGCACAAAUGUACAACGUUUCGUGUUGCCACCAAAUUGGCAUAACCCAUUACAAAAUUAGUAGAAGUUAUAAAUAUUUUAGUGACAUAAGACAGAUAUGACUCCAGAAGAAAGUAUUGGUUUGUUAUCGAAAAUUAUACGAUAAUUUAGAAGCUCGUAAACUAAAGGAAGUGAAAGCAUCAAUACACCUAGUAUCUCUGAUCGCGCAGAACCCAACCAGAAGGUCUGCAUUUGCCGAUAUGGUUCAGCUCGACAGUUGAUGACUUCAUGGACUGAUGACGUCUUACUUAUUUUUAUUUAAGUACAUAAAUAUAAGGAGACACCGAAUAUAUAUGCACCACACUUCAUCAUUAGAUUUGUUUGUGAGCUGGAAUACUGCUCGGGCGCACGAACCGGAGCACGUGGUUCUCCUAGGUGUCCACUCCCCGAGCCUUUGACCUAAAAGUGUAAUCCACAGGACACUGGUGUAAUGUACCGAGAUGCAGUCUCAUGGUAGCCGG